GGUUUCCUCCAUGGAGAAGCACAACAACUGUACGGGUCGAUUGGGAAUUAGGAGCUGCCCAUGGUUGCUCCAAUAGCAUGGGAAUCAAUGCAAGAUGCUGGUUUGCUACGCAGGCCUCGCUUUACACCGCUCCUUGGCCGGUGGAUGGGCAGGCCGUCUUGGAGGCGUGACGAAGCGACAUGUCAGAGGCAAUCUUUGUGGACGCGUGGUUUCCUUACAGCAAUGUCGUGCAGGGCCGGCCACAAAGCGACUGGCAUCCAUCGUUGCCGGGUAUGUGAGGAGUCGUUCCCAUUUCGGAACAGUUUGUUCCGGCACUUGAGGGUUCAACACCCCACUCUUCACUUGAAUCAUGUCUGCAGCCAAUGCAAGAUAUCACCCAUCCCGGGCACAUGCUUCCUUGGCACGAAAGCUUCGGUGCUAUGCAGCCGAUGCUAUAUGCAUUUGGGAAGAAACAAGCAGGAUGAUUUUGAACCGUGUGAUGUCCCCAAGCAUAUGUGUCGAGACAUCAAGCCGACGGAACUGGACAGGCCGCCGUUGAACCCGCCAUUUUCAGGAUGUCCAUUGCAGAUGCCAAAGACUUUGGCGUUUCCAAGUGCUUUACUUGAUGCUUUCAACCAGUAUGCCUCCAUGGAGAGGCCAGUGCUCCGAGUGCCCAGCAAGACACUCUUGAGGGAUGUUCCGCUCCAUGACUUGGAGUCUGCUUUUGCUUCUGGGAUGCUUUGUGCCACACCCAUUGGCUGCAAAUCAACCUUCACUCACGCAGAACAUGAGCAAUGGUUGGAGCUUGCGAAGGAAGAUCCAGAUCGCGAUGUUGCGUUGGCCCCGCGCCAUCCCAUUCUUACUUCAGAUCUCUUGCAGACGGUGUUGCGCUACAACACGUUGCGCCCAAGUUUGUCGUUGAAAGACAUCCGACGUGUGGCAAAAUCGGUUUGGGGCCAUGAAAGCAGUGUUUCAGAGUGGCAGGCUUGUGCCGAGAAGACACGGGGACUCCGGAUCAAGAGGUGUAGGGGAUCGGAUGGACAUCACAGUCCAACAAUCGAAACCCCUCAGGAAGAAGGUGUGGCAAAACCUUUUGAUCAUGAGUGCUUUGCUUUCAGAUUCUUGGCGAAGGUGAACAAUCAAGAAUUCUAUUCAACGAAUAGCCUGGCCGAGUCCAUUUUUCACUAUGCUUUGCACCCUGACGAUGGCCAAGUUCCAGUGGACAUGUGCUAUGAACUGGUGCGGCUCGCACGCCAAAGCGGCAAUGUUGUUGGAGGCCAUCCACCUGCAUCCAGCAGUGAUGGGGCUAUGAGAGUGCAGUUAUGGAAGGAUUCUUUUGAUGGCAACUCACCAGGGGACACACCAGUGGCCAUUUUUGACCGUAAGACCAAAGGCUUUUGGAGCAGAAAUGAGGUCAAGAAUGAGAUUCUCAGAGAGAAGCUGCAUGGGCCAUUCCGGAUGCAAGUGGUGUGGAAUGGUGAUGUGCUCCCUACUCGUGGCGUGAGGAACGCAGCAGCUUGCUGUGAGGAAUAUGGUGGAUGCUUUGCCAGAAAGCUGUGCGAACAGCAUGAGAGGAGCAGCUGCAACCAACGAGAUGACUGUGAGUAUGUUCAUCGGAAGCUCGUUCGCCGAGGAGGAACUUCCACUUUGUCCAAUGGCCUCAAUCGUCAAAACUGCAAAGUCACCGAGGAGCAGCUUUGCGAUCUAUUUUGGAUGUCCAUGUUGGAAGGUGAGCCGCGAAUUCCUUUGGAUGAAGUGCUUCGGAGGUGGUCGGAGCGUUGCUCGAAGAGCAAGACAGAGCUCGUGCAGCAACUCCAAGAAGAGAUUCAACUUGGAAGCGUGAAUGUUCUGGUGCUGGCAUAUCGCAGCUGCUUGGCAAGUCACUGGAAGCAAAAGGCGAUGGCUGACUUGGAAGGUGCAAUGCAUGUGCCGGGUGUUAGCAUCUGGCUUUCUGCUGCUCUGGUGGAGCCGCCCCUGCAGUUGCUGGAUUGCCUGGACCAGUUCUUUCGGCGGGAGCAGUUGAGUAUGAGACUGUCUCGCCUCAGCGCGGCUUGCAGAUCAUGCUUUGGAUUGGACAUCUCCAGCCAUGGGUGGUUGCGAUUAGCAAAGGCUGCAGGAUACCGGACUUUUCGACCGCCGAGUCGCGGCAGGAGGGACUGGCUUUUGAGACAGCAAGGUGAGAGCCGGAAAACUCGCUGGACACCCCAUGGAGAUUGCACUAGACGAAAAGAGGAUUUGGCAGAAUUUGUGGGAGAUUCUGUGGAACAAUGGCCAUCUCUGGGGGUCCUUCUUGAGUCCGCUCGGACGUUUGGACCUGCAUCCUUGCAGCCUGGACUGAACGAAAGAUCUCGCCUGGCGGCUUUGUACUCAAUCUUGCGGGAGGUCGCAGAUCUGUCCGAUUUGGGGAAAGACGAUGAGAUCAGCGAAUCCCAGGAUGAAACGAGUGCCUGCGAGGAAGAGUCGGAGGUUGAGCUUGCAGACCUUGAAUUGAAACAGAAUGGAGAUGAUUCCGGAUGCAGCUCAGAGGAGUUCGAAGGGGAGAGAUGUCAGAUUUUUCCACCCCCAAGUCACGCUGUCCAGAUGUCCAAGUGGCCAUUGCCCAGUACGCCCUUGCAAGUGCUAAAGAGCACCUUUGCUCAACUCGAUCACACCACCUUAAGAGGAGUUCCCGUGGUCAAAGGCAAACGUGUCCUCAAGCUCACAAAGCCGUAUGCAGACUUGCGCAAAACCCUGUUGAAAUUGAAGAAUAUGGAUGAUGAAGGUGCUGUGGAGCCUGAUGUGGCUCGUCAAUUCUUGCAAGCUGCUGGGUAUGAGAAGAGUCUAAUAAGAGAUUGGCUAGGACACGACGGGCGUCCUGUGAAUUUUGACUUGUUGGCAGCAAUGCUGGCCGCAGCAUGGAGACGGGCAACAAGGCCUCAUGCGGCGUGCGGAACGUGCGGUGAGCAGAGUCUGGGCGUGCAGGAGAUUCUCGCUGGUCUGCUGCUGGCGAAGGCAUUCAGCUCCGAUGGGCAAGGUCGCUCUCACAAACUGCGCAGGCGCAUUGCGGGACUGCUCUGGCGACACCCACCUUUGCGGGGCAGGCUCCUAUUGACCUCUCGUGGAGGAAGCAUUGGCAUGGGAUUGGACACUACGAAAUCAGACCAUGACCUUUUCCUUUUCAUCCAAGAUGGGGACCCAAGCAUGGUCCAAGAGCUCUACGAGGUGCUACUGGAUUUGCAGCAAGACGAGAAGACGCAUCUUCGGUUGAAGCGUGCGAAGAUCCUGUGCAAAGAUUUUGCGGUGGAGAUCCAGGGCUAUUAUCGCUCGAAAGAUUUUGACUUGGUGCCCUUCACAGACAUCCAAUCGAGUGACACAAGUGGUGAAUGCCAAUGGGACCCUGUACGGGAGGUCUGGCAGCGCAUCUUGCACAAAGACCUUGCGCCGAAACUCCAAGACUUGUCGUUGCAGCAUCCGGAUGGCUACCUUAUGACACGUGUCAUGAAGAGCUGGAAUGAAUCUUUGCCAAAGAUUCGUCGCAGGAAGCACCCCUUCAUUUCGGUCCACUUACCAUUGAUGGUUCUGGGGGCUGGUGACCAUGGCUGCUUUGAAGAGUGUAACAGCCCACAGACCUAUGUUUUGGCCUCAUUGAAGUUUAUUGGGGAGAACUGGUUGCGCUCGGAGCUCGACCCCGAUGACGUGACCUGGCAAGAUGUGAAUGCUAAACCUCAUUUGCAGCGGAUGACACAAAAAUAUCUUGAAAGUGUCACGCAGAAGGAACUCGAAAGGCUCUUGCAGACGAAAACGAGACUGUUUGAAGAAGCUUGCAGUCUUCGUGGUGAUGACAGAAUGUCCGCUGAUGGAGUGAUGUCUUUGAUGCGGGAGUUCUUCGGCUGUGACUUGUGCCUUCUGAGACCAGACCGAAAGGCAGCGCUUGCAAAGCGCUUGUAGAGAUUGCAGGUGGUCGAAGAUGUGCCGUUCCAGCUUGCAAGAUGCUUGCUGGCUCGGACUUCUUCCUUCAAGCUGACAAAAAGGGUAGUGCACAGUAGUGAUGAUAGUAGUCUUAGUAGUCUGAGUCAUUCAUGAUUCCGGACUUUUCAGCCAGGGCUCGCAGAAUGGAACACGCAAGGCGGGACAUGUCAAGGCCAUGGUUUGCAAAGAUGAGCAGUUGGCUCAUGCCCACUUGUUUCUGUCAAAGGACCUUUCACCUCAAAGAUAAAGUUUCUC